AGUGAGCUGCAUGGUGACAGGAAGCAUCAGAAUGAUGCAAAUGGACAUCCUGCACACACACACAGACACACACACUGUGUCAACCUGAGGGACAUCUUCACCUCUUUGUACCAGGUGCCUCCUGUUCUUCUCCAGGUGUUUGACCUCAGUUCAACAUGGACACUGACUUCAUUCUUGAGGAGGUCGUGUACAUGAGGCCAUCCUCGUUCUCAGACAAAGAGCGGUUGCGCUACAGAGCAGAGAAGAUGCUCAUGAGGCAGUUUGUGCUCAUGAAGCAGAAGCAUGAGAUUCCCUCUAAUUUAUCUACUAUAGAUAUGAAGAAGUGGCUGCUGGGUGGAAGAAGCUUCCUGGAAGAGUUUCGGGAAAUAGCAGAAAGGGCAGACGCCAGGAAGCUCCUUCUGGCUGAACUGGCUUGGAUCUCAGCGAGACGCCUCUGUGUGAACCAGCUGGAGAAGGAGGUCCAGGAAGAUCUUCAAAACGAGGAGCGCCUUUCGCUGCAGUUCAGAAGAAAGGUCACAUUGGAGGGUCUUGAGAUGUUUCUCUCAGUCAUCUGCCCAAAAGCACAACAGGAUGUUCAAGCCUUCUUCCACCAACUGUCCAAAAAGCUACUUGACACCACCACUAGCACUCGCACCGGCAAGCGUACCAAACUAGCUCUGUUUGCCAAGUUUCAAAGAACCACUGCACCUUUAGUGCCACAGGUGGUGAAAACUGCUCUGGAGUUCCUCCUGCAUAAACCAGAACCACUUGUUGAGGUCAGGACCUCCCAGAUGGCGGGUGCAGCCUGCAACAGUGGCUCCAGUUUGGCCUUCAUUCUGAAAAGUAGAGCCAAAGCUGCCAGCCCUCAGAUUGGCAAACAGCUGGCUGACACAUUAGGAACAUGCCCAAGUCUGAACAGGACUUUGACUAAAGCUCGACUCCUGAGUAUCUGCACGGCAGUGGCCUUUGAUAUUGUCAAAGCCAUUUACAAAAGAUUUUCGGACCACUCCAAAACCUUCCACAUAAUGGACUUUGACGGAAGCUUUAUCAUUGGACCGUACGUCAUUUGUGCCAUCCAGGACAUGGACGACAGAGCACGACAUGCUGCAAACAGACGUACUCCCCGCCAGGAUAAGAAGAACUGCACGGCUCCAGAGGCGUGCAGUGUUGUGGCUGCAGAAAAAAGUAAUGAAAUGAAGGACAAAGAGGAGAAGCAAGGACUGUUUCACUUCUUCGGUCGAAUGUGGAAAAAGAUGAUGCGUGUGUCCACUGAGGAGUGAAGCACACCAGCUGCUCGCUACACUCUACUCGCAAAUCAUAUAAUUUAAUAAAUUAGAAGCAAAGAG